AUGUCUUCCCUUAGAAAGAAAGGACCUGCCAGUCUUGGUGUCACGGACCAUGUGGCUCCUAACUCGCCAGCAACCAAGUCAGACCAAGGGGGAGUAGGAGGAGGCGUGCGCCUUGAUGUGGGACUAGAGGACCUUGUCCUUGAAGACUCCCCUGAGUCUACGAUUUACGGUACUCCCCGACGUGCUCGUAACGGCCGCACUCGAUCUGCUUCUUCGCCAAAGCAGUGUGGUGACGAGGACCAAAGCGAUGUACCCUUCCAACUAGGUGAUGUCCCUGGUGAUGAAGGCAUCUUCAGUUCACCUAAGGCAGCACAGCCUUACUCGUCGGCCGCGGCCCUUCCUACGGUAUUCAGUUCAACCAUGCAAGGUGUUAUUCCUAGCAUGCAACCAAUAGCUAUGCUGCGUAACCGUUCCACAAAUUUCGGCACCCGAUCUCAGGUCGGUGGUGUAGAUGCGCAGGCAUUCUAUCCCGCAACAGCUUGUGUCUUUGUCGCUAAUCUUCCUGACCAUGUUCGAGACUCGCGUCUCGAAGCAGAGUUGACUCGCGUCUUUAGUCAGUAUGGCAUCGUCUUCGUAAAGAUCCGCCGAGACUCACGCAACAUGCCAUUUGCAUUUUGCCAAUACACUAAAGACGAAGAUGCCCGAAAGGCAGUGGUCCAAGGCCGUGGCGCGUUGGUCGAAGGGCGCCCUUGCCGCACCGAGAUGGUGAAGGCGAACCGAAGCUUCAUUAUCUAUCAAGCCAAUGGAGGUGAAGUCAAUGUCGAGGAUGCUCGCAUGCAGAUGGGCGGCUUCGGAGAGAUUGACAAGUGCGAUGCUCUUCCUGCGGAGAUCCAAGAGGCCGUACGUAUCAAGGGAGGUGUUCUAGUCGAAUAUGCUUCCUUCGAUCCAGCUAGAGACGUGAUUUCAGCAUACCGCCAUCAUCCGACGUACCGCGUCACAGCCUAUGACCUCAAGAAAUCGAUGAAGUCAAAGAUGGAUCCAGACGAGCUUUGGCUUAAACAAUAUGAGAUAGAUCGACGAUCAGUCUUUGUGGGCAACCUUCCGGUGAACGAGCCUAAAGUACAGGAGCUACUUACCAAGUUAGCCGAGGAAGUCGGUGACGUUCUCAAUGUCAAAGUCGUAUGCAAGGAUCCUCAACCUGGACGGCCGUACCAGAUCGCUUUUGGCUUCGUCGAAUUUUCUCGUGUUGAUAUGGCAGACGCUGCUGUAAAUCGAAUGGGAGGCCAGAACUUGGGCGGAUCUUUACUUCGAGUAGAGCGUAAGAACAGCCGCGAACCACAAAGCGCGCGCCGAGGAGGUGGAGAGCCGGCAUUCUCCAAAUAUAUUAACGUGCCCGACAGCCCUUUGGUGAACAAGCGCGCCGAGGUCCAGAAGCAGCAGGUAACCGAGCCUGCGACACCAACGCCCUCUCGUGUUCCGCGCCAAAGAGCGCCCUCGGCUAACGGUAACGGAGCCAUGUCGCCUGAGAAUGUUCGAGCGACCCGCCCUAUGCCAUAUGGGCACAUGCCUCCGAUGGGACAGAACUAUUCCAGCCCUCCGUACGGUCAGUUUCAUGGUACCCCCCAGGUUGGCACAGGCAACUAUCCUGCCACACCCCAGGCAACACCUGCAAUGAUGAGCCCGCUUGGUUCGUACUAUGCCACCCCCAUCUCAUGGAUGACGCCGUAUUUGCAAGACCCCAGCUUCGCAAGCAUGCCGUAUUACGAACAGUACGUCCCGCAUCCCGCUCAUAACAGCCCCCUUGCUGGAGAAGGCGUAGACGCUCGGGAGGAGGCAAAGUAUGGUUCUGGAACCUACGAGCACCGCCGCAGUGGCUCGGGACGGGGGCAGUAG